UCGAAGCGCGUGGUCGUCGAGUUUUCCGAGAAAAUCCAGUGGGAAAGCAAACAGUGCGAGGCAGCAGCAGCAGCAGCAACAACAACUAUCUAGAGCAAAGGAAAUUUGACAGACUUUGAUGUGAACCGGACACGAGGGCGAGCACAGGAACAGACGGCAACCAAGCGAACAGCAAAAAAGAACCAAAGCAGAAGAGCCACGCCAAUAGUGUGCAAAUUAAUAUAGUUGGAGCAGCAUGGAUGAGGAGCACGACGACGAUCGAAUAAUAUGAGAUUAGAUGGGGCUCUAGAGCCCCGGCCCCGUCAAGGAGCUGCCACAAUCAAGGGCCGCCAGCCCCUGAGGCGCGAAACACGCGAACCAUGUGAGACGCAACAGCAGCAGCCAGCUGACGAAGACGACGAGGCCACAGACGCUGAGUGUUUGACCACCAACAGCAGCAGCAGCAGCAGCAGCACCAGCAGCACCAGCAGCAACAAUUGCCAAGCCAACUUGGUCUGCAAUCCAAAGAGAACAACAUCAGCAACGCCCACGCCUAGAAAAACAACCGGCGGCAGAGGCAAUACCAGGCAUACCAUAUUAAUGGCGCCCAACGUGGGGCAUCAGCGGAAGAGCCUUGGCCUGCGACUUCCGAUGAAGCAGGGCCGCAGCCGGCGGAGAAUGAUGGGUGCGGAAUGGGGCUGGGAGCGCCUUAACGGCCUGCUCCUGUGCCUGAUUUCCGUUAUUGCCCUGCUGCCGCCGCUGACGCUCGGCGAUGACGGCGAUAAUUUCUUUGCCGUGAAUGCCUUUAGUGCGGGUCCGGAGACGACAACGCCAGAGUUCGAUUAUGCCAGUCGUGGGCAGAAGAAGUUCGGCGACAAGUGCGAUAAUACCCUGGAAUGCGGCUUCCCCGGCUCCAUCUGCGAUCCCAAGAAGAAGUCCUGCCAGUGCACCGAGGAUCUGCCCGUCACCAAUCACUAUGACAAAUGUGGCAAAGAGGCCGCCGUGAACGAGUCCUGCUUCUUUAACGAGCAGUGCGAGAUGAGAUACUUCCAGACGGAGUGCCGCGAUGGACGCUGCAUCUGCCGGUUCGAGAUGUCACCCAUUUGGGGCAAGGACGGAUCCGUGGAGUGCAAAGGGCGCCAGGACAAGAGGGGACCCGAGACCUACAUCGACCCGGCCAUGAUUGGCGUGCUGGUAGGAAUGGCAUUGAUGUUUGUUAUUAUUUGUGUCGUCCUGCGAUUGUUUAGCCAAGCUCGCUGGCGUGAGAACCGAACCAUCUUCAACACGCCCAAUCCUCGCCUGAUGAACGUCUCCCUGCUGCGGGACAGCAAGCUGCUCCACGGCCAGGAGCGCCGAGGGUCCAGGAUGUCGGUGCGAGCGCCAUCUCGUCAGCCCAGCAUGGCCUCCCUGCGGCCCCACUCCCCCAAUCCGUCGCUAGGACGUAUGAUCCGGUCGAAGAGCAAUACGCGGUCGAGUGACUCGCGGGUGAGCGAUGUGUCCACCUGUUCGAGACUCCUGGAGCAUCCGAGUGCCGCCAGCCAGCACAACCUGGUCCACAGCCAUUUUCUGCCCUACGUGCCAACGACCACGGCCAGCACGGCAACGGCCACGAAUGCCAUCGCAACGUAUGCUGCCUCGGCCACGCCCUCGCCCACGCCCACGCCACCGCCCUCGGCGGGUCACCAAUUGCCAAUGGGCCAUGCCAAUGCCACCAGCACCACGAGCACCGCCAACACCACCACCACCACCACCACGUAUGUGUCCCCGGCGGGAAUAGCACCAGCCUGUGGUCGGACCAACAAGUUCUAGGGUUCCGGAUCUCUAGAUCACCACGCUGUACACAUAGAUACUCGUGCAUAUCCGUGUGUGUCCGUAAACGUAUCACAACCAAACCGCUAAAAAAACAAACGCAUCCAUAUCAGGGUCCAAAGAGGCUCCCAUUCCGAGUCGCAUGGCAGCAAUGCAUCCGCAGCCUCGGUGCGCUCCAACCGCAGCAACUCGGUGGCUCCCGGCAAGGUCGUCCACCAUGAGCGCCACGGAUCCGCCCAUCGCCAGCACCACCCACAUGGCCACCAGCCGAAGGAGCAGCCGCAGUCGCCGCAGUCGCAGGACCAGUCGCUGAUCACCAACAUCACCACGAAUCCGGUGGCCGAGAGCGUUACCGUCGAGAUCAUCGAGCCGGGUCAGAAGUAAGGGAACAGGAUGGCUACUUCGAGCACAAAGCUUGAUUUUGCAUUGGAAAGAUUAACUGGCUAACUCUCUGACACACGACAACAGGAUACGAAAUGCAGCACAAACUAUAGGAAGAUUUAGUCACGGUAUAUGCACGCGAUAAUAAGGCGGGCACGCUCCCAAAAGGGGCGUGGCACCGGUGAACAAAACACAAAAAAAAAAUCGAAUUACACAUGGAGGCCAUUGUUCGACUCUUUUUGACAAAGAACAUUUUUGCGAUUAAUGGAAAUUUUUUAACCAAAACAAUUAUAUACUUACUAUAUGAAUAUGGAGCGUGUAAAACAAAACACACACACGCACACAUACACCCAGAACAAUGCUAAAUGCUAAAUAAUUACGUACGACUACACCGUAAAAAAAAUAAUUGAAAAAAACCUUGCAUAACAAAUUCAUACUACUCUUUUUUUCAACCAAAAAAAAAAAACACAAAAACCAAAUACAAAGAAGAAAAAAAACGAUGCAACCGAUAAGGGAAACUUUACUUAUUUAAAUAACAUAUUGUAAUGCAGUUAUAUAACUAAGCUUUGGGUUAAAGGCUUUAAGGAUUUAAGGAUUUAAAACACAGGAAUAGGAAAACAGAGAAUUCACAGCGUAGGGAAACUAGGGCAUGAUCUCAAUCGUAGUGUUCUUUAGCCAGCCAUCGGAGGCACUGCAUCGUGGCCGCAGAUGCGUUUAAUUGGCCGAAACCAAAUGCAAACCGCUGAUACAACGCCUUAUCUAUAUACUAAUAUUAUAGAUCCAAUUGCCGCUCUAGCUCCCACAUAUGGAUAUUAUUACCCAGAGUCGAUGAGAAACCAAGUUGAAGAAAUAUUUAACAACCUCGGGACCAUAUUUUAUAAUCAAAAUAUGCGUUUCAUUGCGAAGCACGCACGUUCACCUUAUACUUAUCCUCGUUUCUUUUGGCAUUAGCUUUUCGUUCCCGAACAGAAUUGGGUUCGGAUGUAAAGAAAGGAGUACCUAUACUUUAUAUCAAUUAGCUGAGCAAAUUUUAGGGAACUCACUCACAACAUGAUAUUAAGCAUAACGACUACACACAAACUCGCCGAGAGUUCAAAAUCUAAAUUGACUUCCAGUUGACGGUAUUGAUUUCACACCUAAGUUUCAACUUUUAAGCAACGUAGACUUUCUGCUGAUUUACACACACCGCACAUUGCUGGUCGGGCCGAGGAUUUUCGGGCAGUGCAUUGGGCUAGCCGAAAAUAGGGGAAGAUUUGCGGGUCUGUCCAAUGCAAAGGUCGAAUGGUACAUAGGCUGCAGAUCACCAGUUUAUAGCCAUAGUAGGAAUAGAAAUCGAUAUUGAUAAGGUUUAGUUGUUGCCCCCAAACAAAACUGACAGACGAUUCUCAUUUGCUUUUGUGCUCAAUCAAAGAAGCUUAACUGUGAGAAUACCAAAAUGAAUACAAGAUACAAAUAAACGUAGAGCGAAAAAAUCUUAAAGUUGCUUGAGAACCUCUAGCUAAACAAUUACAAUUAGAAUGACGAGGAGAAAACUUAUGGAAAAUACCAAAAAACAAAAAAAAAAAAAACGAAAACAAUUUUAUUAAAGCAUCGAAUUUUUCUUAAAACAAAACGAGCAAACAAACAAUCUUAUUUCUAGGACAACCAAAUCUAGUUACUUAUUUACAUUCUAACGGGCAUUCAGAAAACAAUUUAGGCUUUGGAAUUUGGGGAAGAAUUUCAAGGUCUAACUUUGUUUUACCAAAACCGCAAGACACUUACAUCUAAGCACCAAAGAUCUAGAGUAUAUUACAACUAAUUAUAAAGAGAAUAUAAAAUAAAUGAAUCACUGAUUUUUCUAUUUACAUCAAAUAUUGUUGAAGGCAGACUUUAAGCGAAUUUUAAAUAAGCUACGAGGAGAAUAUUUUAAAACCAAUUAUAUACAUACAUAAAUAUGCUUUAUUUACUUUAAUAUUUACAUUAUACACAACCACAUCCAACUAUAUAUGAACUUGUAUUAAAGUUUCGUGGAAAACUGCUACCAAACCGAAUGCGAUAAUUCAUUUACACUCUACCAAGAAAAACAACAACAAUUUUAUAUAAGAAGCGAAAUCGAAAUCGAAAUCUUGUAAUGCUAAUAUUAUACAUAUAGAAUCAAACGCCAUUAUCGCACAUCUAAGCCAUACAAAUCGAAACUAAAGUCAAGUGAAGAGACAACCUAAAUCUUUAAGCCUAGACGAGAAGCAACUUAUAGAGUUUAACAUUUCGAUUUUCAUGUGACUUGUAACUACAAACAAAACAAAACAAAAAACCAAACCAAAAGGAUACUAGAAAGGAUCGUAGUUAUAGAGAGCGAAUCAAAGCCAGACAGUACGAGUAGCAAAAUAUAGACGAUGGUAAUGUAAUCUUAACCUACAAGACAAAUUGCUUUUUCAAAUUCCAGAAGGCAAACGAUCGAUCGAGUAUAUUAUGAACUACAUAUAAAGUAUAUACAUAUAUAUAACUAUAUUUAAAGAUCAGUUCACUAUAAUAAAGUCUAUAUUACCAUACCUACGAACGAAAACCACU